GACAGAUCCGAGAUUUCCUCGUGUCAGGCUCUGUUGACUCCGACACUGCGCUGGUCCUUGUGAAUGCCAUUUACUUCAAAGGGAUAUGGAGGACAGCGUUUAAGGAGGAACACACCCAGGAAGUGUCCUUCAACGUGACAGAGCAAGAAAGCAGACCUGUGCAAAUGAUGUGUCAGAACAGUACCUUCAAAGUGGCAACGGUGGCUGAAGAGAAAAUUAGGAUCCUGGAGCUUCCAUACGCCAGCGGAGAGCUGAGCAUGUUGGUGCUGUUGCCUGAUGACGUCUCUGGCCUGGAGCAGCUUGAGAGCAAAAUCAGCUUUGAAAAACUUACGGAGUGGACCAGCCCAAAUGUGAUGGAAAAGAAGAGAGUGAAAGUGUACCUCCCGCGCAUGAAGAUUGAGGAAAAAUAUAACCUCACAUCUGUCUUGGUGGCCUUGGGCAUGACCGACCUGUUCAGCCCUUCGGCCAACCUGUCUGGCAUCUCCUCAGCAGAGAGCCUGAAGAUAUCCGAGGCCAUCCAUGAGGCGUACAUGGAAGUCAAUGAAGAGGGCACUGAAACAGCUGGCUCAGAGGUUGUAAUGGGAGACUUCAAAGAUUCUCCUGAAACUGAAGAGUUUAGGGCUGACCACCCUUUCCUUUUCUUGAUCAAACACAUUCCAACCAACAUCAUCCUCUUCUUUGGUAGAUAUUGUUCUCCCUAA